UCAGACGAAAACACAGCCGAGAGUAAACAGGAACCCCAACAUUUCACUGACGUUUCUGCGACCCGAAAAAAGCCUUCCUGUAAAGAUGUGGCGCAUCGUAUAUACCAUCAGCAUUGCCUUCACCCUCACGAAAUACUCUGCAGCUGAUGAAACUCCAGAUACUCUGCAUUUCCAGAAGUAUGCACUCCUGGGAAGUACAGUCUCCCUCUCGCUUCAGGGACACACACAGGAUCUGACUGAUAUCAAGUGGAGAAAAGGAAAAUUAUUAGUUGCAAACAGCAAAUCAGUUAGACCAGAGUUUAUUCAAAAAUUUCAUCUGAAUGCCACCGAUAGCUCCUUAAUUAUUAAAAACCUAACUAUGAAUGACAGCGACCAUUAUCGAGCUGAAGCUGGAGAAUGGGAGAAGGCAAUCUUGGACUAUCAUCUAAUAGUUGAAAGAAUGGUCUCAAAGCCAAUCAUUGAAACCAAUCGCAACCAAACAGCAGUAAAUUCCACUGAUGACUGUCAGAUCUCAGUUAAAUGUUCUGUUGAUGAUGAAUCAGUGAUGUACGUCUGUGAGAACCGGAGCUGCACUUCCUCACAAACCCAAACCCAACAGACCAAAGUUAACAUCACUGUUGCUGUAACUGAUAGUAGAACUGUGGAGUGUACAGCCAGUAAUCAUGUGAGCACAAUGAAGACCUCAUUAGCCAUCGGUGACACCUGCUCUGAAAAAAUUCCUGCGGAAAACAAAUCAAGUUUCUCUUUGUAUUUGGCAAUUCUAAUAGGCUGCGUAAUAGUGGGCAUAAUAGUGGUCUGCUUACCAGUAAUUGUCAUUUCCAGAAAAAAGCCACAGCAGAAAGAUUCUCAUCCAGAAGCAGAAAUAACCACAGUGUACAGUGUAGUGAAUAAACCACGGAUUUCAACAGAUACCAGCGCUGUAAAUGAGACAGCAUCCACAGUCUAUGAUGUUCCCUCAAAACGGGCUGUGCCUCUCCAAAGUGCCAGCGUUCAAAUGCCACAGGAGACAAGAGAACAGCCCCUGGAGGGUCAACCCGUUACUGCAAACGCUGAAACAGAAGAGGAAUCAGCGAAUGAUCCACAGCUCACAGUUUACUGGAAACUGGGGCAGAAAUAACAUCUGAUUACAGUCUGAUAUAAAGCUCCGUUCUUCAUCUGCAUCAGUGAAAACCCUUAUUUUUGUAUAGUUUUAUGCGUAUUGAAGUGUUGUACUGUUUUUUUUUCCAACAAACUUUUUAUAUAUAUCAUGUCUAUAGUUAUAUAGGUUUAAACACACAUAAAAUUGACUUUUGGUGUAGUAAAAAAUGAGAAAAAGUACUUACCUUUAAUGAAUAGCACACCUCCGUUCUCCCACAGCAUUCCGAGAUCCAGAAAUCAGAACAGUCUGUCCAAACAUCCCAAUAGAUUCUUUUUUCCAUCAUUAUCCAGCCUCAAAGUAGCUCCACACCACCUGGCUAGAAUCCGUAGAGCCCUGACAUUUAAAACGAGGCAUUAAUAACUUAAAAAGUGCACAAAAAGCUUAUUAAAAACACUGUUUACAUCCCAUAAUGCUAGCUUCAGCUCUGUGUACCGCCAUCUUUGUACUGAUAAUGACAUAGACAUAUAUACAUAGACUUCGCAUAGUCUGGCUCCUGGCGCCGGCUGCUACGCUAGAAGGCAGGAUAUGUGGAAUCUACGUAUAUGUCUGUCAUUGUCAGAUAUACAAAGAUGGUAGCAUUAUGGGAAAGCUAGCAUUAUGGGAUGUAAAACAGUGGUUUUAAACAUAGGUGUGCUAUUCAUUAAAGGUAAGUACUUUUUUAUCAUGUUUUACUACACCAAACCUCUAUUAUAUACCGAAGUUCUCCUUUAAAGCAACAGUCUGUAUGUUUUGGAGAUUUAAAGGAUUUGGAGACCUCUCUGGUGAGAAUGUGUAAUUACACAGAACAUGUAGAAGAGUACUUUUAAUGCAAGCUAUAAUAAAUAUAUAAAUAUAUGUAUAAAACUUUGUAAAAUGUAUAAAUAAAUAGCUAUGUGAAA